AUGAUUGAAAGCCUUCCACUAUCAGUACAGAAGAUUAACUUCACCUCACUUUCGGUCCUUGAUCUGUCAUAUAAUUUCUUCAAUACUUCUUCAUUUCCCAGUUGGCUUUUCAAUCUUACCAGCCUCAGAAAACUUGAUUUAGGCAAGUCUUCUUUCGGUGGUCCUUUUCCCGAUGAACUUGCAAGCCUUAAAUCUCUGGAAUACCUAGAUUUAAGUGAUUUGGACCUCAAAGGUCGAAUUGCCAGAGUCAUUGGAAAUAUGUGCAAAUUGAAGUUUUUAAGUCUUGGGAACACAUUUGAUGAUUUUGGGAACAAAUUUUAUGGUGAGAAAAUUGAAGAGAUUUGGAGUAGUUGGUCAAAUUGUCCAAAUAAUACAAUGGCAUUAGAAUCACUAGAUUUUUCUGACUGUGGGCUCGAAGGCCAACUGCCGGCCUCCUUAGGAAUGUUAACAAGUUUGCAGCAUCUACACCUUUCGAGCCUCUUACUUUGGGGUUCAAUUCCAGAAUCUAUUGGAAACUUGUCAAAAGUUUGGGCAAUUUGA